ACAGUUUAGCUAUUAAAGCAGAGUUGCUGUGAUUGUGUCAAGGAUAUUAUCAUAUCAAAAACAUGUCGAAGAAAGAAAUAACCUGCAAAUAUUUCAUGAAUGGCGCUUGCAAUAAGGGGAAUGACUGUGAGUUCUCUCAUGAUCUGCAAAACAGCAAGUCUAACAUGAUCUGUACAUUCUACAAGAAAGGACAGUGUACCUAUGGAGACAGGUGCAGAUAUGACCACGUUAAACAACGCCCACCACCCUCAGUCUCACCAGCAGAUGACACUAACAGAGCCAGUAGUGCGGGAGCAUCAGUUCCAAGAUCGGGACCCAAAAAAGAAAAUGCAUGACUAUUUACACAACCUUCAAGUUAUAGAUAGGCACAUCAAAGCAACAUCCCUCUAAUAUCACUAUGAUGUAAAAUGUAACAAGAUGUAAACAUUUGAUCUUUAAACCAAAAGAAACUUGUCAUAGUGAAAUGUGUUGUAGUAUUUUGCUACAAUGUCAUGAUCCAGAAAAGUAACAAUA